CAGCUGCUAAGAAAACAAGCACAGAAACACAAACAACAGUCAUAACAUCUCGUAUCCGGUCACAUUCAAGCUAUAAGCAUUUGACCACCACCAUUAAAGGUUGGACAUGGAACGCGCGAUAUCUAUCUUCCAACACGGAUGACGCCUGCGGCCACCAGCUUCUGGAUCUUCAUCCGCACACCAGGAUUCUUCAUGUGCUCCUGCAGCGCAGCCGGGUCGCCCUUGGCUUGUUGGAGUAUAGUUUGCAUAACGGGGUCUUGAAGAAUGGACAUAAUCUAGAUAUAUUAGUGGUAUGUUUCUUCUUCUGUCUCACCAGCACGAGCGCUGAACUGAGCCUCCAGCGCUUUUUGUUGCUGUUGCUCAAUCUCACGGGUAUGGGCACCGGUUUCGUCGUGUUCAGCGGCCUCAGCACACACGUCCAUACAUUUGUUAUAUUCUUUCAUGGCAAAAAGAGCCUGUGCUUUUCUCAAAUAUGCACGGAUAAAUUUCGGGUCUCUCUUAAUCGCUUCGUCGCAAUCUUGAACAGCUCCUGGGAAGGCCAUGAGCUUGAUCAAAGCCGCAGCACGGUUGCUAUAUCCCCGUGGAUCUUCCGGCGCCCGUUUCGUCAUCUCAGUGUAGGCGUCGACGGCGGCGGGCCAGUCUGCAUCCUUGAACUUUUGGUUACCGAGCUCUCUUGCCUUUUCGGCUUCUUCGGGGUUAAUAUCUCCCAUCUUCUCGUAAGAGGUACCAAUUCUUCCGAAGGCUCUAUUCCAUCUCUAUUAGUGAGGUUCACUAGGAUCUCUAGGGUAGUGUUGUGGAUUUCGGCUUACUUUGCAAUGAUCUUAAAAUCGGCCAGCAUUUCUCUUCCCUCAGUAACUGCCUUCUCGCAAAUUUCAAUCGCUCCUUGAUAGUCGCCCUUCUCAAAUUUGGCAGCACCAAUAUUGGUAAGGUAUGUGAUGUCCUUAUUCAGCUCCCAUGCUUUGCUAUAGUGUUCAAUCGCAUCGUCGAAUUGCCGUUUCUUGUAAAAUUCUGUACCAAGCUGCUUUUCUUUAUCACCGGCUUCCUUGGCCUUUCGUUUCGCAAUCGCUUCCUCGUCUUCGGGCUCAGGUUCUGGUUCGGGCUCGGGAGCUUUCUUGGGUUGUGGCGCAUCGGGCAUUUUAACAUCCUCCUCUGCUUCCCUUGUGACACCUCCAGACUCGGGAGGAGGAGCAAACGACAUGUCAAUACCAAGCAAUACACUCAUUACCUGGAGGAAUCUAGGAUCACGCAUCUCUUCUCCGAUAUUCGCUGGAUUUUGCUUCAGUCGUUGAAGCUUUGCCAUGAAUUCCGGAUCGGCCAAGAGGGAGGAGGUUUUAGGGUUCGAGGCAAGUUUGGUGAUGAGUUGGGGGUCACUAAACAUGCUUCCAAGGCCACCGGUAGGGUCUCCGCCUAGGCCAUCCGCUCUUGCUUCUGCAUCAAUUGCACGUUUGACAGAUUCGAGUCCAGCUUUGGCUUGCGCAUUGGAAGGGUCCAACUUGAGAGCCUGCUCAUAUGCAUCAUUUGCGCCAACUGGGUGCUGGUCAGUAACUGCAAGUCCAGGAAAUAAUUCAAAAGAGGCCAAGCGGAUCCUGUGGGCAUACCUAGAUCACCUAGUCCAUGCAUUGCAGCUCCCUUCCGGCCCCAACCCUUCACCCAGUCUGCUUUGAGCUCAGUCGUUUUAUUCGCAUCUUCAAGAGCCUUCUCAAAGUUCUUGAGGGAGGCAUAAGCGCCAGAGCGGUUGGAAUACAAAACAUGGUUCUCUGGCUCAAUUGCAAUGGCCUCCGAGAAUUUCUCACUGUCUCCAAUUUAUAUUAGUCGAGUGUAUCAUAACGCCAGCUCCUAGACAAGCAUUUAGUGACUUACACAGCCAAGUUGAAGUCCUUCGCUGCGAACGCCUUGUUGCCUUCCGCCUUCAGAGCAUCAGCCAUUAUUUUAUUAGAGGUAAGUAGAACAGCAACUGAAAAAUACUAAACGGAGAAACUAGAAGCCAAUAGGUAGAAGAAAUAAAUGUUGGUGGUGGGAGGGAGAAAUUGCAUAUGUCACAGAAUGAGGGGAAAGUGCUGGGGAUUUGUUGACGAGAAAGUUUCUGGAAAUUUCGAGCUCCGUCGUUACGGCCUCAUAACAGCGUAAUGGAUCCCGGGACCAAGUGACUUAAAUACCACGUAAUUAUGUAUGAGAAUCAAAGUACUCACGAUAGAUUACCGUAUUGAAUACCGUAAUGCCUUUACCGUAGCUUGGAACCCGAUUUGGAAAUAUGGUCGACCCCCACAUCAUAAAAAAAAGACACUGCCAAACUCCUCGCAUAAACAACCACAGCACUCGCACUCUACUCUGCCCGAAAAGAAAGUCCCCUGGUCACCUUGUAUUCUACAGUCAGAUUUGGGCAUAUACAGCGAAGCCUAAAAUCGGAUGGAGGAUCACUGUCUGACUAUGACUCUUUCAGAACCUCCACGGUGAUCCCUCAUCUCCUCUGUCCGAGUCUGGAGAACCGCCAUCCCGCGCUUUUGAAAAAUGUCCGCCUCCGCAGGUGGUUCCUCGAAGGGGGUUGAAAUGGCAGAUCAUAAGGAGCUGGCUUCAGCUCUCUAUGCUCGAUGUCUUUCCAACUUUCCACCGGAUCACCUGUUCUACCAGCAAGAUCUGCUCAGCCUAGGUGUUAUCCCAAAUAACGACCUUGCCUUGUUAAUGAAAUGCGCCCAGUCACUCGUGGAUCAGAGCUUGAUGCGUAUGCUCUAUGGCAGUGAUGACCGCCUUGCUUGGAAAAUCAUCGCUCAGUCAGAUGCUGAGAAACUCCAGAACCUCAAUGCCGAAGAACGUCUUAUAUACAGCGUGGUCGAAUCAACGGGCCGCAGUGGCGUUUGGACACGGACGAUCAAAUCGCGAACAAAUCUACAUCAGACCAUCGUGAACCGCUGCCUGAAAUCGCUCGAAACCAAAAACUACAUCAAAUCUGUUCGCAAUGUCAAAUAUCCACAGAGAAAAAUGUACAUGCUGUCUGGCCUGCAGCCGAGUGAAGACGUCACUGGUGGCGCCUGGUUCACAGAUGGAGUUUUGGAUGCCGAUUUCAUCCGGGGGCUGGGAGGCUGGAUCGAACACUGGGUGAGCGCCAGGAGCUGGUACGACCGCGCUGCAGCGGAACGUAAGGCUGCAAAGAGACAAAAAAUUCGUCCGGAUAACGCCAAGGAGGAACCACAAUACCUGCCCUAUCUCCCAUCCUACAACGGAUACCCGACCGUGACUGAUAUCACCAACGCCAUCAACAACUCCGGCCUAACCCCAGUCACAAUGGGCGAAUCUAGCAUUGCCCAACUACUCGAGAUGCUCUGCUUUGACGGGAGGCUGAUCUCUCUCCGCGAUGGGGCUGCAUAUAAGAGCGUAAAGAAACCAAACCAGAUAUCACUGCAGCGCGACCUGGGCUUACAAACCAGCGACCAAACGGACCAGGAUAAAACGGAUCAAGAUAGCCUUACGCUGGGCGGAAACGGCAUGACGGAGGCUCCCUGCGGACGAUGUCCUGUGUUUGCGCUGUGCCAGGAAGGCGGACCGGUCAAUGCGGAGAAUUGUGAAUACUUCGACGAGUGGAUAAAGAAGUCUUUGGCGUUUUGAACAUGGAAAAGGAUUUUGGAAUACUCAUUUUUUUCGUAUAUCUCUCAACCGAUCUGUUAACCUCAACCCUUGCGUCUACAAAUUUAUCUCCCGGUCUACGAAUUUGUCCAUCAUUUUUUCCUACAUUCCGACGAUCUGCAGUGAAGCAUAUAUUGAGAGAUAUAUCGCACGAACAAUUACCGGCUUAUAUACGAUCCCAUACGAUCCCAUACCAAUAGUUGCCAUGAAUAUCACCAUGGUUGAACAAAUAAGCGUGAGACAACUCACCACAAAAGAAAUCUGAUGUUUGAUAUACCACAUAUAUAUGUAGCAUAGCAUAGCGACGGUGUUUUAUCGGUGUUUGAUUUCUUGUUUUUUCCCGGUGCUUCUUCUAUUCAUUAUGCUGCCAUAAGAUUAGAUAGCGGGUUGGGAGGGAAAUUUUACCACCGGGGACGUUUUAAUAGAGCAGGAGGGUACAAGCUGUCUUUCCCUGGAUUUGAUUUUAUGUUAUUGUUUUUAUCAUUCAUCCUAUGGAUGUAUCUACGAUACACUCCAUGCCCGAGAAAGGCAAAGAUGCAAACCAUAACAAGUGACAGAAGCAGAAGCGGGUCUGCCAUUCUCCAAUGUAACUGGGUAUAUUGCCCACAACCUAAGCCGUAACUGAAUCAUUACCAAAAGAAAUACGUAAAAGCAAACCCUCCACCCUUCCACUCUACUUCCCCAAAUUCUUCCUACACUCCUCACAAUACCAAGUGCCCAACGGCUCCCUCGUCAACCCCACACACUUCCAAUGAAACCACUCAUACGGACAAUCAUCAUUAUCACACGCCACCAUAUCCCCAUGACUAACACUACGACACGUACAAUACGUCUUCGUAUCCUCCCCACCAUCAUCUUCCUCAUCUUCGUCCCCUUCCUCCUCUGACUCCCCACCACCAGCCGCCCGAGCCGCGCCUCCCGCAUUCCGCCUCAGCGGCGGCGGAUGAUUCUCCGCUUCCGAAACCUCAGCGCUGCUCAGGACGGACUCAUCCUCCUCCUCCUCCGCUAGCCCUGUAACA